CCCUUGUGAUUACCGAGCAGCCAGUCUCUGUCUCUGUCCCCGUGGGAUACUCCUUCACGCUGAGGUGCAGAGCAGAGGGUCGCACGUCGCUGCAGUACCAGUGGUUUUGUCAGCACCAGUCUGUCUGCCGCCAGAUUCCUGGUGCCACCAAGCAAGACUUGCCCAUCACUGCACAGCAGACCCAACUCUACACCUGCAGAAUUAAUGACCUCUACAAAAAUGCCAUCUUCUCUGACUGGGUGAAGGUGGAGGUCCAUCAGUGUGUUGCCAGAGGACUGACCCCUCAGCUCUGGCGAGGAGAACCAGUCAUUGUCCUCAACCCCACCGAGCAGCGGAUAGAAGUGGGGAAGCCGCUACAGCUGCAGUGUGCUGCCAUGGGGGUCCCAGCCCCCAGCUACCAGUGGUACCGGAAUGGAAACCUGCUGGAACACCAGAGUAAAAAAAAACUUUCGAUCACCCACACAAAGGUCAGUGAUGCUGGCACAUACCUCUGCUGUGCCUCCAAUAGCCACGGAGAGCACUGGACGAACGCUGUGGAUAUUCACAUAGGUACAUGGCACUCUGAAAAGUUUUUUGCUACAGGCAAGAUAGCGCUUUUAGUGGGCAACAACCGCUACCAGCAUCAUCCCAACCUCAUGGCUCCUGUCACAGAUGUGUUUGAGCUGAGUCGUCUUCUGGAGCAGCUAGACUUCCAGGUUGUCUCCCUUCUGGAUCUGAACAAGGCUGAGAUGGUGACAGCAGUCAGUCGGUUCCUGCAGCUCCUGGGGAAGGGAGUCUACGCUAUAUUCUACUACGCUGGUCACGGGUAUGAACAUUUGGGGAGGAACUACAUGGUCCCUAUUGAUGCUCCACAACCCUAUGCCCCUGAGAACUGUAUCAGCGUGCAGAGGAUCCUCCAGAAGAUGCAGCAGCAGCAGACAGCCCUGAACCUCAUCCUGCUGGACACCUGUAGGAAAUGGUACAACCCGGAAUGUGCCCUCUCCCAGGUACAGCCACUGGAGCCCUGGGGCAAUACCGUUUAUGGCUAUGCCACGAGCGAAGAUGCAGAAGCCUAUGAAUUACAGGAUGGGGAGUUCAGCUCUGGGAUCUUCAUGAAGUAUUUGAAGAAACAUAUUCUGCAGGAGAAGAAGGUUACACACAUGCUGGAGGAUGUGUUAGAAGACAUCGGCCGGGAUCCCUUGGUCACUGGGAAGCAGGUGAUGGAGAUCAAACACACUCUGAAGGAAGCCCGGUCCCUAACGGACCCGAUCUGUCCCUUGGGAGCAGCGUCCGAGCACUGGGGACGUAGCCAUGAGCCGAUGAACAGAAUGGUGACCUUCCCCUGUGGGGCCCAGGUGCAGCUCCGCUUCCACCAGCUCUUCUCCAACGUGAUGUAUGUGUGCGCCAAGCUGCAGCCACCCCCAGCCCACGUUGCUGACACCCGUCUCCUACUCUGCCCGCCCACGAUGAACGACGUGGCCAUCCUGGAAGAGAGUCACCUGGACCAAGUGGAGUCUCUGCUUGCUUCUGUGUACAAGCAGGAGGAGCUGGACUGCAUCUUCCAGAUCUGUGGACUACAGAAAAUCCAGACAGAUGUGGUCCUGCAGUUGGAUUUGCAUUACACCCAGCUGAGCACAAAGCAGAGGACUUGUGAAAGCCUGCGAACAACCCUCCAGAGAUCUCUGCUCGGGCAGUUUUUCAACUUGAGGAAUUACUCCCAGCCAGACUACCAGAGAACUGCCUACGGUGGCAGCAUGUGCAUCCGGGAUGCAGCAGCACCGAGUACGGACCCAAAGGGGCAAGCAUCUCUGAGGACAGGCUCUGGCCACAGCUUGCCCAGCAGCAACCCCUCCCACUCCAGCAGCAAGCCGGAGGAGAACGAUGAGAGCGAUCUGAGUGAGCUCUGCUCAGCACUGCUCCGGGCUGGCCCAGGGCAGGACUGCCCCUGA